CACAACCCACUGGAAAAACCUAAGCUGGACUCCUCUCCUGAUGGCGUCCUAUAGGAGCUGCAUGGACGACGUGUAUGAUGAGAGUGCCCGUGCCACCAGCAUGGUCAUAGUUGACGCCAUUUCUACCGUUAUCUUGUUUAUUAGUAACACUGUCUUAGACAAUGCCUUACGCUUCUUUAUACAGUCCGGUUCUUCUCACCGAUUUUUACAUACCAUUGUUUAUAACUGGAAAGGAGAAGUGAGAUCUGUAUACUACACGUCUGAGCACAUUACAGUCGUCACUCCAUGUGCGGACACCAUGUCAUCUCUGCUGUGGACCGUCUCGGUCUUGUUUCUUGUGGACGACUCCAAGGCGGCUCCGCCCCCUUACGUGACCCUGGAUCCGGACUGGAGAACGAUAUUUGUAGGAGACAAGGUUUCUCUUACCUGUAAUGUUCUUGAUCCUACUGGAUGGGAAAACAAAGACUUUUAUUGGUAUAAAGACGACCAACUAAUACAAAUUUCCAAGACGUCGCUUAAUAUAAACCGCGCUGAACAACGACACAGUGGAAAAUACCAGUGUAAGACACCGACCAGUGACCGAAGUGGCCCGUUCCGACUGGAUGUCAGCAAUGACUGGCUGAUUCUGCAGGCGCCCUCACACAUCUAUGAAGGAGAAGCGCUGAGGUUACGUUGUCGUGGUUGGAAUUCAUUAUUUUCAACAGAAGUAAAAAUUUACAAGGACGACAAAAUUAUAGGAAACCCGAUUUAUCCUAUAGAUAAGACAAAAACUGGAGAGUAUAAAUGUACAAGGACGUGGAUAAUGUCGUAUUCAUCGAAAGGAGUUUAUCUUCAGGUUCAUGACCUGUUCUCGGUCCCAGUUUUAGGACUGACCCCGCCGCCCCUAUCAGAAGGUGAUGUGAUGACUCUGUCAUGUGACACGACUCUUGUUCCUCAGAGAAGGACGACAAUGCUGCAGUUUGCAUUCUACAAAAAUGAACAAAAAAUUCAGGACUUCAGUGUAAAUAAUAAAUAUAGAGUCCGGUCCGCACAGCUGGAGCAUUCUGGGAAAUAUUCCUGUGAAGUGAAAACAUGGUCUGAUUCCGUGAGGAAAGUGAGUGCGGCCGCAGACAUCCCGGUCCAAGAGAUAUUGAAGCCCCCGGUGUUGACCGUCUUCCCGUCGUCUGCUGUCAGUAUCGGAGAUCAGGUGGUACUCCGGUGUGCGACCUCUUCUCCUUCAGGAAUCCGUCUCCUCUACAGCUUCUUCAGAGGCUCCCGGACGGUGCGCGACUAUAGUGCGAGUGACACCUACACCAUCCCUGGGGCUGAGGAACAUCACGGCGGAAUGUAUCGAUGUUCCGGUAAAUCUGACAACAACAAGGGGUUAAAAUUCAGCAAGGACAUCAACAUCGUGGUGAAAGAGCCCUUUGACACCGGAGGCAAUGGGAAAAAGAACAUAGAGGGCGACGUUGCGGUGGGCCGCCCGCGGUUGACGCUCUUACCGGAUAAGGUGGCGGUUGGUGAUGAGAUUAUCCUUCGCUGUGAGUCCUCCCAGGGUUCUCCUCCUAUCCACUACAGAUUCUACCACAAUGGGACGAUGGUAGGAAAUGUUACCGUUCACCAAAGCAGGACAGGGGAAAUAAGACAGGUCAUCGAGUCGGUGACCAGGACCGGACCGUACCAUUGUGAAUCUCGACAGGAUAUUUCACCAGUGAUAUGGCUAAGUGGGGCAAUAAGUUUGUUCAUUGUGGACCCCGUAGCAGAUAUCUCAGUUACAAUAGAAAAUGAUGAUGAGGAUUUUACAUUUGGGGAGCCUGUCACGUUUACCUGCUCCGUUCAGCGUGGCACUUCUCCGUCAUAUCUUUGGUUCCACAAUGGCGAAGUAGUAGAAGAACGGUCAAUGUUCUACCAGCUUAGAGACAAUUGGAGACAACUAUAUAUCGGUUCUCUUCAGAGUCACCAUACAGGAACCUAUCGAUGUCAAGCCAGCAAUACCCUACCACCCAGCAGAACCUUCUCCGUCUUAAGUGACCCCUGGGACAUUAAUGUCAUGGAGCCGAGCACAGCUGAAAACAAUGUCCUGUUGACUUUACUGGGGAUUGUCCUCUUGACUGUUCUCACUGCUGUCCUGGGCUUAAUGUACAGACAGAAAAUGGCUUCGAUAUAUAGACGAUGUGCCGGACAACAACUCAAAAUGGAGAGAACUAAAGAUGAGGUGAGAUCUACACAGAACCCGACAAGGGACAUCUGCCAGAGUUCAUUAGACAUUGGCCAGGAAGACUACACUAACAUCCCUUCCAGGAAUCAUGUUGUAUGUGAAGAAGACGUAGGUUAUUCCCAAAUUGCUUUUAUUCGGGUAAAAGAAGCAUCUCCACGUUCAAACAAAGACAAUGAAGAAUUAUCUGUGACAUAUUCUGCUGUACAGUUUUCUCAGCCGACAACGGAUCCACGACCAACCAAUGGGAGACCUGACUGUGUGGAUCUCUACCAGAACCUUAAUACUGAGAGACUUCAAUCGUGAUGUCACCAAAUACCUCUGGGGCAUAAUAUCUGUGGAGAUCGGUGCCAGUGAUGGGCACCUCUACUACAUUCCUAUUCACAUAUAUAAUAGGUCAGGAAAAGGGGAGUGACUGAUCGACUUAUAACAACUUCCCUAAAUGUAAAAGAAAUCUCUAGGAUUGGAAAAACAGAGCUGAUUUCUUCUGGAUGUCUAGGGUGCCGCAGCUGAGAUCCCAGAGGCGGGACCUCCGCCAUUAGACAUCUUAUCCCCUAUCUUUUGGGCGGAGUACCCCUUUAAUAUAGACUAUCACACAUACACCGGUGUAACAGCCGCUGUCUUCCCAUCUACCUUUGUAUAGUGCCGUUCUUUUGAAGCUGUUAGUGUUAUGUGCUCCAGAAUGUAUUUUAUUGUUCAU